ACAUGCUUCCCUCAAUCAAUCAGCUAGAUUGAAAGGGUCACUAAAGGUCUAGUUUUCUAUUUGAAGGGAUUCAGUUUACGUAAGGGAAAGGUGUCGUCAACUCAACCGCCUGUAAUCUGGAGGAAUCGCUUCUAAACGGGUGGAGACGCCAAGCGCAGGAUUUGCCGGUUUUGGGUUGUUUCAGAGUUUUAAAAGGAAGGGCAGGAAAGAGGCGGCUACCCUGGUUGGGAUAAGUAUCAAAGCCCGUGGUUUUUGUAGGUCCGUCAGCCCAAAUUGUGUGGAGUAGAGAUAUGCUCGAAAUUUUAUAAAUGUCAGUGGAAAGACAUUUUUCCUACUUGGGAUUUUUAAAAAAAAUAUCUGUGCAAAAAAAAAAAACAUUUAGCGGUUUGGGUCCAAGUUUUAACAAGCCGAGAAUAAACUUGUCAACGGGACCUCAUUUCGGUGGCUGAGUUCACUUUAAGAUUCAAUAAGGCUCUGAUUCAGAUGGACGCGAAGGAAUUCAUAUACAUAUCAUCAGAACAUAAAUUUGCGUAUCGUUUUAAUCUUCUAGACUUUUAAUAGGAAACGAGCAUUCAUUGCUCAGCGUGGUGAAUCAGGCAGUACAGUUUAGGAGGAUAUUUGUUGCUGAAAAUGCCGCUAAGAAACGGAUCCCUUCUUUACUUUUUGUGUGUGUGUACGGUGCUGCAGCAGCAGGAAGUUUAAAAUAGUUCGCAGCGGAAGGCAAAAGAAACUGUAUCCCAGGCGUUCAAAUGUAAUAUUCUUUUGAAAGGGCAAUUCUUCCCCCUAAGCUGCGUCAUCCUGUGGAGGAAAUAUUCUCAUUUAACCAACUCAAGUCCUAUUUAUUAUUUUUUAAGGAGUUGGUCUCCCCUGGUGACUCAUGAGAGUGAGGAAUUUCUAAGGAAUCUGCUGGCCAGAAAAAAAAAAACAUGCUGAGAACAGUGAUGAAUCUUCCUUGAAUUAUCUGCUUACCCAAAGAAAGGCUGAAAAAUGUCACAGCAGCUGGUAAAAGAAGCCUUUCUAAGUAAUCUAAAUGGAACGACAUUACUUGAAAUUUCUGUUGGCUUACCUCUUGCACCAUUAUGUAUUCUCACUAGAGGACUGCUCCUAAUUUUGUACUUUCUCCACAAUGGAAGAUCUUUAUGCUCAAUGUAUGGUAAUUUUUUUCUAGACUUCACUGUUUUAAUCGUCCCGCCAGUACUUUCCUAUACAAUUUUAGCUUCCAUAUUCCCUUUUGUGAUCCUCUCCAUUAUGGCAUUCUGCACAGGCUUGAUUUUUCUCAUUUAUACUAAGCGGACAAAUUAUGCCCAAGUGUCUCUUAAGCAAAUCUUAGAUGAUUUUCUGAGAACCAACUUGGACCCAGAAUACAUUCCUGCCAUAACUUCGCUUCGAGUGUUCAUCAAUUUAUGGACAUCCAUUAAUAUCCUGGCUGUAGACUUCCCACAGUAUCCCCGGAGGUAUGCCAAAACGGAGUCUUAUGGGACAGGAGUGAUGGAUUUGGGAGUUGGAAUAUUUGUUUUUGGAAAUGGUGUGGUUUGUCCAGAAGUUCGGCUGAAGCCUGGUACAAUGCAACACAAAUUCUUUUAUCUCAUAAGGCAGUUGUUGACCGUAUGGCCCCUCCUUCUCCUUGGCUUUGGACGACUAAUGAGUGUUAAAGCAGCUGACUAUUAUGAGCAUGUCACUGAAUAUGGUGUGCACUGGAACUUUUUCUUCACUUUAGCUGCUAUACGAAUGGGUGCAUCACUCCUUCUGACUGUAUUCCCCGUACACAAAGCCUGGAUAGCCUCAGUAAUGUUAGCUGUGGUUUAUGAAUGCUUUCUCGAGAUUACACCUCUGAAGAUGUUUAUUUUGCAUGGAAGCAAUGGGCAAGAUUCAAGGACUGGUUUUCUAAAUGCCAACAGAGAGGGCAUAUUUUCUGUCAUCGGUUACCUUGCUAUCUACAUGGCUAGUGUACAAGUAGGUUUAUAUUUAUUAGGAAAAAGAACAACAGCAAGAGGGUGGCUUAAAAUAAUCUGCUACUUUUUACUGGGCAUUUUUCUCCUUUUUACAUGUCUCUACUUUGCUCAGGUAUACAUUGACACUGUGUCCCGACGAUUGGCAAACCUUUCUUUUUGCAUAUGGAUUAUUGCUAGUUGCUUGGUCCCCUUUAGUUGCUUUUUAGUGGUUGAUCUUAUUCUCGUAUUCACAAAGCUGAUUGUGGGUGGGGCUGAUAUUCCUAGUAGUUGGAACAUUUUGCACUCAUCACCAUAUAAAAAAUCUGAUUUGGAAUUUCGGCACAGAAAAAACGAAUCUCAGAGUAUGUGCAUGAUCAAUGCUGUGAACAAAAACCAGCUUCUGCACUUUUUGCUAGCCAAUGUUUUAACUGGUCUUGUAAAUAUGCACGUUGAUACAGUGCACAGCAGCACACUCUCUGCCAUGUUAAUUCUACAUUUGUAUAUGUUUACAAACUGUUUAGUUAUGUAUAUGUUACAAGCAAAAAAUAUAAUUUUAAAAUGGUGGUAAUUUACAAAACUGCAGGACAUACAGUAUCUAGGCAGACCCCAAGCAUGAACAUUGACUUGAAGGGACAAAAAUAUUGCCAAUAAAAAUGAUACAAGCUGCAAUGCCUUUAUAAAAUAUAAAGCCUUGGGUCUUUUUGGAUAUACACGCAUAAGGUGGUAUAUUGUUUUUAACUGGGAUAUUUAAUACCCCAUUUCUGACUAUUGGGAAAUGGAAUUAUUUUAAGCAAGAGAAGACUUCUUGUCAAUAAUGUGACACACUUUUAUGACAAUAUGAAAUAUAAAAACCAUUAUCACUGGAGUGGGUUGGGAGAGUUUUUUUAUAGGCGGUUAAAGGAUAAAAUUGAUAAAGACAAAGGCACCUGCUUUGAUUCUUAUUUUAGAAAAAAAUAUAUUUCAAUGGUGCAAUCAGAACUAGCUUGAAGGUUUCUUACACCUGCUUUACUGUUUCUACUCAGCCCAACUGACAUAUAAAUUUAGGCUGGUUUUGAAGCCUCAAUUGAGAAUAUGGAAGAUGAAUCAAAGUAUAAAAAUUAAAGACAGCCGUUCUACUUAGGUUUCUGGAAAUGGAUCAGCUGCUACCUACAUUAGCUUAGUUGUAAUUUACUACUGAUUGUGGAGAAAAACAUCAACUAAUAUUGUAACAAAUAAUGUAGAAAAUAAAGAUCUCAUUUCUGAGGUCAUAAUCUCAGCAAUGGGUUCUUUGCAGUGGACCCAUGCACAACAAAAGUCAUUAUACAAUAAUGUGCCAUUUUUAAGGCCAUGCAAUAAAGCCAUUUGUUGCAUUUGUUCUGAGACACAAUUUAUUUAAAAGCACCAGUAUUUAUGUAACUGAAACUUGCCAAUCACAAUGAGAAAAUGUGGACUAUACAGGUAAUUCUCGACUUACAACCAUUUGUGACUGUGGUAUCUAAUUGUCACUAGAAAGAAAGGGACAUGAAGAACCAGGUCACUCCAUAAGGUCAGUCCCUUUCAUACAUGUAUGCAGUGUUACAAUGUACAUACAAAGGAACCCUGGCAACUGCUUUCACUAUUGUUUGCAAUUCUCCCCAUCGCUCCCACAAAUACCAAUACUUGUGAGACAGAUGAAAUAAUUUUCAAAUAAUUUUGGGCUGCAGCCCUUGGCUAU